AUGACCUAUGGCUAUCAGCCAGACCAGGAGGAAUCUCUACAGGCAAAUCUUCUGUCUCUAAGCAACCAUCUUCUUUCUACACUGCAAAGUGAGCGGAGAGAUGUGCCAGGGCGUCCCAUAGUUUUUAUAGCACACAGGCUUGGUGGGAUCCUUGUGAAGAAGGCUCUAGACUUAUCUCGGCGUUCUACCGCAUCUCUUCGAGGUGUAACAAAGGGGGUCCUCUUCUUUGAAACCCCUCACUGCAAACCUCAUGGAGAAUCAUGGGGCGAACUGUUGAGGAGGAUCCCUGGCGAGUUUGUUGCCACAAAUACAACCCUAUUUACGACGUUGGAUUCUCAACGACACGAAGAGGACCUAGAAGCUGUUCGAGACAUUUUCGAGAAAAUGCUAUAUCGCCCAAGUAGAAAAAAGCUUUUCGUUGUGACAUUUACUAGAGCCGUUGUGGGUGGACCUACUGGGUCUAUAUCUAAUUCGGCCAUUCCAAUGGAAUCGGCUUGGAUCAAUGCGUCAUGGGCCAAAAUCAGGACGCUUAAAGGAGCCCACGAAACCAUGUGCGGAUUUGGUUCACCAAAUGAUGCCAAUUAUCAGCUGCUAAAAAAGGAUUUACUCCUUGCACUUUACAAAAUCGACGAUGGGAAAAGGAAGAAAGUAAGGGAAAAGUUGAACAGGAAAGAUAAAAGGGAUAAACAAAAAGAGUUUUUAAAGCAAGGAGAAUGGGUUCCGAAGCUGCUGUGUUGCCCCUAUUGGGAACGCAAAGACGAGCCCAACCCGCCUCAAGCGGAGGGAACAUGCGAGUGGUUUCUGAACCACACUUUUUACAAAUACUGGCGCAACUCCGACAUAGCCAAUGUUCUCUGGGUCUCAGCUGAGCCCGGAUAUGGAAAAUCAGUCCUAGCUAGACAUGUGGUGGAAAAUGCGUUACCAAGCAACAAGAAGAGGCUAACAUGUUACUUCUUCUUCAAUAAAGACUACUCGGAUCAGAACUCCGUAACCGGGGCUCUAUUCUGUAUACUGCACCAAGUCUUCAAGGACUUUCCAGCCGAUGUUCCUCCACUGGCUCUCCAACCGAUCACGGAAAAUAAAGAGAAUACUCUGGAGUUAUUCCGCGAGUUCUGGGCCAUUCUGCUUUCCGUGGCAGAGCGCCAAAAAUCCAAAGAAGUUCUUUGCAUUCUCGAUGCCUUGGACGAGUGCAGUGAACCAGGACGGGGCCAGUUCAUCGAAGCCUUGGGAAGAUUCUACUCUCAAUCACAAGCCUAUCCAGCGAGGCUGAAAUUUCUCAUCACAAGUCGGCCUUACUUUGAUACUUACUCACUACGGCACCAAAGGGUCAACAUCCAUUGGAGCGGUGAGAGUCCCGGAGAGGCUGCCAGGAUCAGUGAGAUCAAGUUUGCAAUACAACAGAAAGCAGGAAGAUUAAUACAGAAACACCGCCUAAGUCCCGAAGAUGGAGACUUUCUCAUCGCAGAACUUUGUCGAAAUCCUCACCCCACAUACUUGUGGGUGCAUCUCGUCAUAGAAGAAGCCGAUAACAUUCUUCUCGAGCAAGAAAAUAUUCGAUCAAAGAUCCAGAAACUCCCUCAAACAGUGGACGGAGCCUACGAAAACAUCCUGGCAAAGGCCAGGGAUCCAGAAUCCACUCGGCGGGUUCUGCAUAUAAUUCUGGCAGCUCAAAGGCCACUGACACUGAAGGAGAUGUCAUUCGCUCUGGCAGUCGGACCCAGCCACAAGCCGUUCGACGACAAUAAGCUGAUCCCGGAGACAAAAGUCUGCAAUGACAUUCAAGACCUGUGCGGUGCUCUUGUGAGAAUUGUCAACUCCAAGAUAUACCUAGUGCAUCGAACAGCCAGAGAAUUCUUAGCCUCUUCACACGAGUCAAUUCUGCCAUCUUAUAUCAAUAACGACAUAUCGCCCACCUCUUCGUCACAAUGGAAGUCUACGUUCCAACCUCAAGAAUCUCAUCAGAUUCUUGCCGGGAUAUGUCUGUGGCGGAUCGCCUUGUCUAAUUGUCGACUUGACCAACAUCAAGGUAAUAAGCAGAUAAGGGACGAUGUCAAAAGAUGCCCAUUCAUGAGCUACGCAGCCCAGCACUGGACCGAGCACUUUCGGAAAGGUGACGGGAUGCACAAGCCUUCCAUCAUCAAAACUGCGAUGGAUUGUUUCACUCCGCGCCCGCUCACUUCUCAGGCAUGGUUCAACAUACAUCGAACAGCUAAAAACUUCUACAUUGGCCCUGAUAAACCUACCGCGCUGACGCUUGUCGCAUACUUCGGGCUCGGGGCAGUGAUCGAACGACUUCCUAAGGAUGUCCUUGAUACAAUCAACGAGAAAUCCAGCGGCUUAACACCACUACAGUGGGCAGUUAGAAGCGGCCACGGGGGUGUUAUACGGCAACUCAUUGCGGCAGGCGCUAAUGUAAAUUUGAGGGUCGGAGAGGGUAAGGCAGCGUUGCAUCAUGCAGCUGAGCAAAAUGAUAGGGCCCUCGUGCAACAGCUUGUGGAAGCUGGGGCCAACAUCAACAUUCAGGAUAUGCUGAAAAGAACAGCUUUGCAUCUUGCAGCUGCUAAAGGCUAUCUCGGCAUGGUCCAGCAGCUUCUCGCCGCUCGUGCUACUGCCAAUGUACAGGAUACGCACGGCAAAACGGCCCUACAUUUAGGAAUCGACAGCGGUCAUUUGCUAGUUGUGCAGUGGCUCAUUUCAGGCGGCUCGGAUAUCAACAUCCAGGAUACGAUGGGUCAGACAGCGCUACAGCGGGCGGCUAAAAGAGGUUAUAUCGAUAUCCUACAGCUGUUGAUGGGCGCCGGCGCCGACCUCCGUAUACGAGACAAGGAAGGCGAGACAGCUCUGCAUCACGCAGCUUCCCAAGGACACAAAGCCGUCGUGCAGCAACUUGUUGCGGCCGGCGCGGAUAUAUGGGCGGGGGACAGGCGUGAGAGAACUCCGCUGGAGCUGGCAGCGAGAAAACGCAGCAAAGAGAUUGUGCGGCUGCUCAUCGGAGCCGGCGCCGACAUAAAUCACCAGGACAGGGACGGCAACACGGCGCUGAUCUGGGCCGCAAGGAAAGUAGAUAGUUCUGUUAUGCAGCAGCUCAUCGCGGCCGGAGCCGACAUGAGUCUGCACGACACGUCCGGCCGGACGGCGUUUCUUUGGGCCGCACAGAUGGGCCAUCUGCCUACUGUGCAGCAACUUAUCAUGGCCGGCGCUGAUGCGAGCGUGCGGGAUCAGGGCGGUAGGACGGCGUUGGAUUUGGCGACUGCCAAUAGUCACGUGGGUGUUGAGCGGUUUUUGCAAAGUAUGAGCACUUGA